UUGACGUUGGCGCAGAAUCAUGAAGCGCGCAGGUUCAUCACGUUUCUCGACGCGCUGCACAAAGCGAGAUGUCAGUUGUAGAUAGAGGCGGCCGCCUCCCACCGGACAAACUGUCCGUUUCAGAGACCAGGAUCAGGAGAUCAGCAACAGCGUCCGCUUCUGGUGCGACAGGUCACGAUGGUGGCGGUGCCGUUCGUGAUGGUGGUGACAGCAGUGAGUCAAUCACGUCCGAAUCCUUCUCCGAGAUGUACCAAGACUCCAAGGUGCCUUUCCGAUCCAACAUCUUCUCUUACAGAGGCAAACACGCACUCUGCAAUACCUUCCUCUGCCUCUCCCUUGUCUACACCGCCCUUGAAGGAUCCAAGCGUUCGAACCGUCCUCGCGGACGAGGACGCUGAUUAUGGGCCCGCCCACGAGAACAGGAGGGGACACGGGAAAUCGGACUCAACCUCCUCGCACUGGGAUAAUGGAAUAGCAACAUCCGACCCUGAAUUCACCAGCACGUCUGCACUGACUGGAGAGGAUGAACGGUUCCCGUAUAAGCGUUCAAGGAGUCGGCUGUGGGAGAUGUGUCGGAGGAAAUGGUGGGAUGAGCGCCUG